CUUUGUUACAGUUGAAAACGAUGCCAUCCCCGCCGUACUACGCCGCGUUCAUGGACGGAAGCGCCGCCCACGAUCGCCAGCAAGACUUCCUCCUCAAAGUUCAUCGAGUACGAGCGCUACUGGUGACGUUGAAUGCCGCCGCAGGGGUGUUGUCGUUGGCACACAACUUCGCAUGGAUCACGGGAGGUGGGCGCAGCCACAUUUUCCAUGCCUCCGAAGGGGGCGUGGGCAGCAUCUACGUUGACGCAACCCAUGUCGUGUUGAUCACGAACAACAUUGAAGCAAAACGUUUGCUGAACGAAGAGCUCAGCGGCCUCGACUUGCAGGUAUUUGAAGAGCCUUGGCAAAAUGCCCAAAAUGUCCACACUGUUGCGUCGACGUUUGCCGAGGGAGGUGUAGUCCUGUUGGACAUGGACUCCGCAUUUGACAACGCUCUGGCGCCUCUUCGCCAAGUGCUAACUCCGCUGGACAUUCGCCGAUACCGACAAUUGGGUCGUGACUGCAGUGCCGUGUUGUCGAAUGUGAGUCGAUCGAUUGCUCGUCCAGGGCUGUCAGAGUGGGCGAUCGCAGCCGCCAUUUCUCAAGCUGCUGUAGCCAAAGGAAUCGACGUGGUGGUGCUGUUGGUCGCAGCCGACGACCGUGUUGACGCCAUUCGCCAUCCAUUGCCCACGACAAAGAUCAUACAGAACAAAGUCAUGUUGGUGCUCUGCGGUCGCCGAGGCGGCCUCAUUGCAUCGUUGACUCGCCUCGUGCACUUUUCCCAAGAAGUGGCUAUCCCGGAAGAUCUUCGCCAACGCCACGAUGCGGUAACGUUUGUCGAUGCGAUGGCGCUGUCGGCGACCGCGUCCCCCAGCGCUUCGUCGAGCAAUGUGUUUCGAGCUAUGCAAGGGGCCUAUGCUGUGAAAGGAUUUGCAAACGAAUGGACGUUCCACCACCAAGGUGGCAGCACAGGCUACAAGAGUCGCGAGUGGAAGGCAUCGCCUACAUCGACGGUGCAGUCUCUCGUGUCGGAUGUGGAGCGACAACGGAAUGCUUGGUAGGAUCACAUCGGACCAAACCAAGCGUAUGCGUGGAAUCCGUCGAUUGCCGGGACCAAAUCGGAAGACACGGUGUUGCUGCACGAGGACGGACAAAUCGAGGUGUUGACUGCCGUCGACGAGGCGUGGCCAAAGGUCCACCACACGAUCGACGGCAAGACAUAUGCUCGCCCGGACAUUCUCCACAUCCAAGUUGAUGCCUUUGGCAAUCCUGUGCACAGCUCGACCGCGUGAGCGCUGCCGCAGACGAGGCGUUCCGUCUCCCGUUCGCAGCGACCUUUGUCGCCGCACGCCUUGGUUGAAUGCGAGUGUUUCAUUGGUGCAAA